GCUGAAUAUGUAUGGGUCAAGCCGCAAGAGAAUGCACGCAGUGAGUUUGCAAUACCGUUUGGAGCACGUGUUGUGCGAACAGAUAAAAAUCGUACACAAGUCACCGAUGAUUAUGGCAAACAAUAUUGGGUACCCAAUUCGGAUAUUGUCAAAGCAAUGCAUUUGACAUCACAAAACGGUGUCGAUGAUAUGAUAACGCUGGGUGAACUACAAGAAUAUACAAUUCUGAGAAAUUUGGAAAUACGCUACAAACAGAAGAAGAUUUAUACCUACACCGGUUCCAUGUUGGUUGCAAUUAAUCCCUACCAAGUCCUGCCCAUAUAUACAAAUAAACAAAUCAAUGAAUAUCGUGGCAAGAAAAUCAAUGAAUUGCCGCCACAUAUAUUCGCAAUCAGUGAUAAUGCCUUCCAAGAGAUGCGACGAGAGAAGACCAAUCAAUGCAUUGUCAUCAGUGGUGAAUCGGGUGCUGGUAAAACUGAGAGUACAAAAUUGAUCCUACAAUAUUUGGCUGCCAUUAGUGGGAAACAUUCAUGGAUUGAACAGCAAAUUAUUGAAGCGAAUCCCAUCAUGGAGGCAUUUGGUAAUGCCAAAACUGUACGCAAUGAUAAUUCUUCAAGAUUUGGAAAAUACAUUGAAAUUCGUUUCACCGAAACGGGUGUAAUACAGGGUGCCAAAAUUGAACAGUAUCUUCUGGAGAAAUCACGUAUUGUCUCACAGAAUCAUGAUGAACGGAAUUAUCAUAUUUUCUAUUCCAUGUUGGCUGGUCUGAGCCCCGAGGAACGUAAACGAUUAUAUUUGCAGGAACAAUCACCGGCGAAAUAUCAUUAUUUAUCGCAGGGUGGUUGUUACAAAUUAGCUGGAAAGAAUGAUGCCAAAGAUUUUGCCGAUAUACGUUCAGCAAUGAAAGUGCUAUCCUUUAGUCCCGAGGAGCAAUGGCAAAUAUUUAAUUUAUUAGCCGCAGUUUUGCAUUUGGGUAAUUUGGGUUUUAAAGCCACUGAGGUCCGUAACAUGGAAGCAGCUGAAGUCAAUGAUCCAGAUAAUGCCGCCAGAGUUUCCUCGUUGCUGGGCGUAACGAAGGAGGCGUUAUGUGAAACAUUAACCCAGAAGACAAUGAUAAUUCAUGGAGAACAUGUGGUCACUAGUUUGUCAAAGGAGUAUGCUCUCGAAGGACGUGAUGCUUUUGUGAAAGCUUUGUAUGGCAAUAUAUUUGUACAUAUUAUUAAACGUAUCAAUGAUACGAUUGAUAAGAAUCCAGUGAAAAAUAUUAACACUAUUGGUGUAUUGGAUAUAUUUGGUUUUGAAAAUUUCGAGGAUAAUAGUUUUGAGCAGCUGUGCAUUAAUUAUGCCAAUGAAAAUUUACAACAAUUCUUUGUGAAGCAUAUCUUUAAGAUGGAACAAUCCGAAUAUCAACAGGAAAAUAUCAGUUGGCAACAUAUUGAAUUUCAAGACAAUCAAGAGGUGCUCGAUAUGAUCGGCAUGAAAGCCAUUAAUAUUAUGUCUCUCAUCGAUGAGGAAUCGAAAUUCCCCAAAGGCACUGACUAUACGUUGCUCGAAAAAUUGCAUUCGCAACAUGGUAAUCGUUCGAUUUAUGUUAAAACUAAAUCACGAUCCAAUACUCUGUUCGGUAUUCGACAUUAUGCCGGUGUGGUUAUGUAUAAUCCUCAAGGAUUUUUGGAAAAGAAUCGUGAUUCCUUCAGUAUGGAUUUAAAUACGAUGAUUGCUAAGUCGAAAAAUAAAUUCCUGAAGGAAAUUUUCCCGGUGACGGUACCAUUCGAUACGAUUAAGAAACAGGUGACGUUGUCGGUGAAAUUCCGCAACUCUUUAGAGUUGCUGAUGCGAACAUUGGCGGCUGCUCACCCAUUCUUUAUACGCUGCAUCAAACCCAAUGAAAAUAAACAACCAAAUCAAUUCGAUCGUGAACUAUGUGUCCGCCAGCUACGCUACUCGGGUAUGAUGGAAACUGCGCGCAUACGACGUGCUGGCUAUCCCAUACGCCACACCUACAAGGAAUUUGUGCAACGUUAUCGUAUUCUCAUGCGUGGCUUAGGCCCCUUGGACAAGGUGAACUAUCGCCAAGUCACUGAGGAUAUUUGCCAUAAAGAAUUAUCACUGAAAUCGGAUCAUCAAUUUGGUUUAACGAAAGUUUUCCUGAAGGAUUGUGACGACGCCCUAUUGGAGGAGGAAAGGUCGCGGGCCAUACUCAAAGCCAUUGUUACCAUCCAGAGAGCUGUAAGACGGUUAAUAUUUAAACGUUAUAUGGAAAAGCAUCGUAAUGCCGCCAUUGUGAUACAAAGAAAUUGGAGAGCCUGUAAACCACGUCGAGACUUCUUGUUAAUGCAGAGGGGUUUCCAUCGUCUGGCGGCCAAGGUCCAAUCACGACAAUUAACCUAUGAUUUUGUCCAACUACGAAGACGUGUAACAUUGCUGCAGGCCCGCUGUAGAGGCUAUUUGGCACGCAAGGAAUUCCGAGCAAAAUAUGCUGAACGUUUGCUGAAGAUAAGAGAAUUGCGGGCCCUGAGGAAACAAGAGGAGGAACAAUAUCGCCGGGAAGGCGAACGUCGUUGGAAGCAGCAUGCUGAGGAUAAUUAUCAGAAACGUCUGAAAGGCAUCGAUCCUCUGAAGAAAAGUCCUGCCCCUACACCACGUGCAACAAAUACAACUACAACUAAUGGUCAUGUUAAACCGGAGGAGGAACGUAAUAACAACAACUACAUUGAUGACGAGUCCUCGAAGAAAAUUGUCGAUGAUGUCUUUGGUUUCCUCAAUGAUGCCGAUGUAAGUGGCCCAGUGGGACCCAAUGUUAAAGAGAAAUCUCUAAUGUUUGAGAAAGUGUUAAGUAAACCUCGUAUAAUACCCACCAAAUUGUUAUCGCGUCCGGUAAAUUAUUAUGAAUCGAGCGUACCCCAACCUCCACCACGAAAAUAUGCAAAUCAAACACGUCUGUAA